UCACUUUCUUCAACAGCUGCGCGCCAUCGCUGUUUACAAAGGUCUGCGCGGAGAAUCUCUAAUUAAAUAACAAAAUAAAUGCAUUAUAUCAAAAGAAACAAACGUUUCGGCAAAGUAAUUAUCGGUCGAAAUCAUAUCAUAUUCACGAAAGGUUUAAUAUAUCGUGAUGCGUAUAUAUUUGACAUGCUGGGGUAAAUAUCGGGUCACACAAUGACAGCGGUCCUCCAGCGCAACAAAACCCGGAUGUCACUGUGCUAGAUUCAUACUAGGUCCGUCUGAAACGAUUUAUUGAGUGUAGUUUGUGUUUACAGUAAGUUAAGAUACAGCCAGAGAGAUGUCGGCUGCGGCGCGUGUAGCAGCGCCCGUGAUGCUGUCCCGGUUCCGCGGCGCACUGGUCGGCUCGGUCUUGGGCGACUGUAUAGGCGGCGAGUUCGAAGGCGCCGUGGAUGUGCCUUUAGAUCGAGUCCUGCAGCAUCUCAGCGCUCUGGAGGACGAAACACGGGGUGAUGGAAUUCUUCAGUACAGUGAUGACACGGCCAUGAUGCGAUGCGUUUCAGAUUCACUCCUCACCAGGAUGCCGUUUGAUGAACGAGACAUGGCUCGAAGAUUUGCAAAGGAGUAUAACCUUGCUCCGGGACGAGGUUAUGGCUCGGGUGUCAUACAGGUCCUGCGGAAGCUUGCAUCGCCCCAUCUGAAGGACGUCUUCCAGCCGGCACAGGCUCAGUUUGGCGGACGCGGUUCUUUCGGGAAUGGAGGAGCCAUGAGAGCAGCACCCUUUGCCCUGGCCUACAAAAGUCAAGCUGAUGUCUGCAGGUACUCUCGGCUUGGUGCAAUGUUAACACACUCAUGCUCUUUGGGCUACAAUGGGGCAGCGUUGCAGGCCCUUGCUGUCCAUCUGUCUCUCCAAGGCGCUCUGGCUCUGCCAAAAGAAUUCAUCAACAAACUGAUAUCAGAAAUGGAGGAGAUGGAAAAAGAUGAAACAGCCCAGCUUGAUGCUAAAGCACUCAAUUUAUCAGAUUUCCCAUAUUGCUCACGAUUGCACAGAGUGAAAGAACUUAUGGACCGAAACAGUGUGAGCAUUGAGGAGGUCAUAUCUGAACUGGGGAACGGCAUCGCUGCCUUGCAGUCAGUGCCCACCGCUAUCUUCUGCGUGCUGCAUUGUUUGGAGCCCCGGGACGGGCUGCCAGAGCGAUUCGGAGGACUGGAGAGGACAAUAGCCUACAGCUUGGCUCUGGGUGGUGACACUGACACCAUUGCUUGCAUGGCAGGGGCAAUCGCAGGGGCACAUUAUGGCAUUGACUCCAUUCCCCAGAGCUGGCAGAAGAGCUGCGAAGGGGUGGAGGAGGCAGAUGAUUUAGCCAGACGUUUGUAUGAUCUUUACUGCCUUCCACAGUUUGAAGAAGACAGGGGGACGUCAAGCUGUGAGAACAAUCAACCGCAUACACACCAGUGAUCAACACACUGUAAAAACUGACUGACCCACUACAUGGCUUUAUGCAACAUGCAGCCACACAUAAGUGAAACUUUAUCUGGCACUCAGUGUCAAAUGCACUUGCUAAUAUACCAUCAUCUAUGUUUAUAAAAAUGUGAAACUUGUGCAAAAUGUUUACAAUAAAAAGAACUGGCACCAUUUUAUUGGUAAUGA